AUGGAGAAAGGGCAAAUUAUGAGCAAAAGAGCGCAGAGAAAGAGAGCACUGAGGGAGAAAAAGGAAAAGAGUGCAGAGAAAGAGAGCACUGAGGGACCAUCCGCUCCUUCGUCCUUCCCUCCGAUACUCACGGGAGGAGAUAGCGAUCAAUACGACGUGUUCUUGAGCUUUAGAGGCUCAGAUACCCGAAAAGGAUUCACCGAUUAUCUCUACCGCAGUUUGGUCAAUGCAGGGACCGUACCGAUUUCAGUGUUCAGGGACGACAACAGCCUCAAAAUUGGCGAGGAUUUUAAUUCGGAGAUUCUCGAGGCUAUCACUCGGUCUAAGAUUUUGAUUCCGAUCAUCUCCGAAAAUUAUGCUUCGAGCAAGUGGUGUCUCCGUGAGCUAGUUUGUAUGAUGGACUGCAAGAAGAGCAUGUCGCACAUGGUGUUGCCCAUUUUUUACAAAGUGGACCCAUCGGAUGUGCGGUUUCUAAAAGGAAAUUUUGGGGAGGCCUUCCAUUUUCGUGAGAAGCGUUUUGAUAAGAAGGAUAUCCAGGAAGGGAAACAAGCCCUUGCAGAAGUGAGUUACUUAAAUGGAUGGGAAUCUGAGAAAUUUGCUAAUGGGCGUGAAGGAGAACUAGUGGAAGAAGUUGUCAAAACUAUUCUGAGCAAGUUGAGACAUGAUUUUCAGCUUGAUGUUCCUAAGUACUUAGUUGGAGUUGACGAUCAUGUGAACAAAAUUAGGAAUUGGGUAGUCACUCCAGCUAGUCAUGCUCGGAUGAUUGGAAUAUAUGGCAUGGACGGGAUCGGAAAAACGACUCUUGCCAAGGUCAUCUACAAUGAGUUGUCGAAUGACUUCGUGUAUCGGAGCUUCCUUCCAGAUAUACGAGAAGCGGCUCAUGGCAACGGUAUUCCUCAUAUACAGAAUCUACUAAUUAAGGAAAUACAACCAACUGAACAUCAAGUUUGUAAAGUUGAUGACGGAAUUAGUUUGAUCAAGUCUAGAUUUAAAGGAAAAAAAGUUCUCAUUCUUCUAGAUGAUGUUGAUAACCAAGAUCAACUAAAUGCUUUGGCUAGAGAAUGCGAUUGGUUUAUGAUAGGAAGUAUCAUCAUUAUUACAACUAGGUAUGAGGCUGUUCUUGAUCAGUCUGAAUUCCAGGUAGACUACAAGUAUGAAUUGAACGAAUUAGAUGAGGAGCAUUCUUUGCUUUUGUUUAAUAGACAUGCAUUUCGCAUGGGCCAUUAUUCAAGGCAAUUUGAAGGUUUCUCUCGCAACAUCUUAUCUACCAUGGGUGGGCUUCCCCUAGCUAUCAAGGUCAUAGGUUCAUACUUAUAUGGAAAAACAGAUGAGAAAGUAUGGCAAGAUACGCUAAAGAAAUUGAGAAGUGAACCGCAUCGAGAUGUCCAAAAGAUAUUGAUGAUAAGUUUUGAUGCAUUGGAACCUGGACAUAAGGAGAUUUUUCUCUAUAUUGCUUGCUUCUUUAUUAACGAAAACAGCAAAUUCGCCAUUUACAUGUGGGAGGACUGUGAGUUUUAUCCAAAUCAAGGAAUUGAAGAGUUGAAGCUAAGGUGCUUAGUAAAAAUUGGAGAUCAUGAUACUGCUACUUUUUAG